AUGCCGUCAUCAGGACACCGGCUCCGGGAUGUCGAACACCACCCUCUCCUGACUGAAAAUGACAAUUACGACUCCUCAUCCUCCUCUUCCUCCGAGGCUGACGUGGCAGACAGGGUCUGGUUCAUCCGCGACGGCUGCGGGAUGAUCUGUGCCAUCAUGACGUGGCUCCUGGUCGUCUAUGCGGACUUUGUGGUGACGUUUGUCAUGCUGCUGCCUUCCAAAGACUUCUGGUACUCUGUGGUCAACGGAGUCGUGUUCAACUGCUUAGCGGUGCUCGCCCUGUCAUCUCACCUGAGGACCAUGCUCACCGACCCUGGGGCAGUACCCAAAGGGAAUGCAACGAAAGAGUACAUGGAGAGCCUGCAGCUGAAGCCCGGGGAGGUGAUCUACAAGUGCCCCAAGUGCUGCUGCAUCAAGCCGGAGCGCGCCCACCACUGCAGUAUUUGCAAACGAUGUAUUCGGAAAAUGGAUCAUCACUGCCCGUGGGUGAACAAUUGUGUAGGAGAAAAGAAUCAGAGAUUUUUUGUGCUCUUCACUAUGUACAUCGCCCUGUCUUCAGUCCACGCUCUGAUCCUCUGUGGCCUCCAGUUCAUCUCCUGUGUCCGAGGGCAGUGGACUGAAUGCAGUGACUUCUCACCUCCAAUCACUGUCAUCCUGUUGGUCUUCCUGUGCCUUGAGGGUCUUCUGUUUUUCACUUUCACGGCAGUGAUGUUUGGCACCCAGAUCCACUCCAUAUGCAACGAUGAGACGGAGAUUGAGAGACUGAAAAGUGAGAAGCCGACAUGGGAGCGGAGGCUGCGAUGGGAAGGGAUGAAGUCUGUCUUUGGGGGGCCCCCGUCUCUGCUCUGGAUGAAUCCCUUUGUUGGCUUCCGAUUUCGGCGCCUGCAAAUGAGACCCAGAAAAGGAGGCCCCGAGUUCUCUGUGUGAGGCCUCUCGCCAUGCUGGAACUUGUCAACCAACUUUAAAUUAUUUAUUGGGGUCUGAGAGGGUAUCAACAGCUCGUCUGUGACCAAUAGGGCAAAUGGAACCACACACACCAGUUGCUUGCAGCAAGCAGAGUUUUAUAUAUUUAUAGUCACGGAUGGCAGAUUUCCAAACUCGUAACCAGAUGAUGCUCUAAUCACUUCUCACCUCUACAACUAACGAAGGGCGUGCGGCCGCUCGCAGGGCCCAGUGUCGUCAUCUUCCUGCACAGUCAGGACUUUUGUUAAGAAUAUUUGCAUUUUCUAAGAAGUUGUGUGGGCUAUUCCAUGGGUUACUAAAAUCCUCUGUGCUGAGCUGCUUUUCUCAAUCGUGAAGAGAAAACGUCAAUCCAGUGAGCGAGAACUCCAGUGGUCUCAGGGGCCCCCGCUGGCUCCGUGGUCCAGUAGCGCAGCCCCGAUCAAGGGCGUUGGCAGACAAGGACACGUUGGUCUCAGUUAGCUCUGACCCUUUGCACUGAAUGUGACCUGUGCACUGAGCAGCGAUGGCGGCUUCAGGUACACUCCCCACUGCCCCGCAGAGGUGUUCUUGACCCUUUCGGCACGUCUGUGUGUGUGCGUGUCUGUGUGUGUGUGCGUGUGCAUGUGUGUUUUCAAAUUGGCAGUGUUGUUGAGGCAACGCGACAUUUGGUGGCUGUGUGCAGCAAGCAGACUGUUUCAGAAACCGACGUUUCAGGGAAGAGGGGAGAGCUGCCUCGGGUCCCCCGGGCUUCCCGUGAAUGUAUCGCACGGCGGAAAGUGUCUUGAUCCAAAGAACGGUCAUUCCUGUGUGCUCCUUUCUUGCCCUCCUGUUUUGAUUUUAUUUUCAAAAUCUGGAGUGCGUGAGGGCCUUGGAACUGGCUUUUUUUGUUCCAGCCAAAUUCGCAGCGUGCAGACGGCAGCUCAGGGGAGAAGAGCGGAGCCUCGGGGCACCCGGGUCCUUGUGCAGCUUGAAGCUGCACAGCUUGGCGGGCGUGUCCCUGGGGAAAUCCCGAGAGAUGGCGGUGGCCUUUGUGCCUCGCUGGGAGAGUGAGGGGACUGCAGGGCCCGAGCCCCCGCCUCUGUGUGCCUCAGUUGCAGAGAAUAUUCAGGAUGGCAGCAGCCUGUUUGAGGGAGUUUUUCUUUUGUAUCGUUUAUGUUGUGUCUCCACCUGUGUCACAGGUGAUACGGUAGGCCCCUGGGUGCGGAGCUCACCGUUCCGCCAGAGAGCCAACAGCUCCCCUCCCUGGGGACUUGCCUUAACUUGCCUGGUUGGCACGCGUCUGCGGGUGCACGAGGAGGCGGUCUGUGGCGGAGCGGGGUUUCCUGUGAGGCUGCCUCCCGCUCUGGAAGGGCGUGCAUCCCUCCUGUUCCGGACGCCUUUCUGUCCGUCUGUGGAACUUUGUUUUUGUGUUUAAUCCGGACCCCGUCCCAGUCAGGGCUCCCACCACUGCUGAUGCAAAACCGCAAAGGGACCUACUCGUGAUGCGGUCGUGGCCCAGUCCACAGGCCGCAGGGCAUUUGUGAGAUGGACUGUCACUGCAGAGAUGUGCGAGCCAUGCGGGGACGGACCAUGUCACAGCCAGAGGGACAGAGCACCGAGGGAACCGGCGGGUGGUCCCAGGGCAGGCGCGUUUCCGGGGGCUGUUCGGCCUAUGCAUUUGCACAUCUCUCGUCUGGGGUGGACAGUGGACUGGGCUUCACCGUGAGGCUUUCAAUAUGUGUAUCCUGUUGAUCAAUAAAACUCAUGAAGUGGUUGAACCCUGUGACUCGGCAGUAUGUGCAAAUCCAGUAUACUUGACUCUUCAGCCUCUCCUUUCAAUGUAACUUUUAUAUGAAAUAAAGUCACCACUUGACAGUUCUCCAACAA